AUGAUCCUCGUAAAGUUACGAGAGGGUCAGGGGUCUCAUCAAUUACAACAGUUCGGCAAUAAUGCUGGGUGUGGAACUGGGAAUUAUGCAAAAGCAUUCGUUGAUAUGGGCGUCGGUCAGAUAACGAUUUUGGACGCGUCAACUGGAAUGUUAGAGAAAGCUAAAUCCAAACUUGCUGACUACAUGGCGAGGGGAGUGGUUAAAGAGGCUAUUGAGGCAAAGAUGCCUCCCAUCCCGUUUCCAGAUGAAUCUUUUGAUGCUGUCGUAUUUAAUUUGGUUUUGAAUCAUCUAGACAUAGAUAAUCCUGCUUUUCCGAAUAGUGUGAAGACACUGAAAGAGUCUGUUAGAAUCUUACGACCAGACGGGCUGAUUAUUAUUUCAACAGUCCUUACAACAACGGUUUCUAGGAUCCAGUGGUUCUCUCAGCUGAAUAUGGAAAUUACGAAUCGAUAUAACGCAUCAGUUAUGCCUUCACUGGAACAGUUUGAACAAAUGUUUGAAGAUGCUGGUAUCAAGUGUAUACAAAAAAUAAACACAUUGGGUGCAGAUAUUAUCAAAAAUUAUUACAACUUAGAUGAUAUUUUAGACGAGUCCCUACGUGCACCCCGUCCAUACUGGACAUUUGCAACAAAAGAAGAGGUAGCUGAUGUUGUUCAGAAAGUCAAAGCCUUAAAAGCUAAAGGAGAAUAUGAGAAAUGGGUCAAGGAACAUGAUCUCACUAGUACCACAGGUGUUGUCACCAUAUUCUUUUGUAAACCAAAUUAAGGUUACAUGUAAUAAACAACUUAAGUAGUCCAUAGACAGAAUAAUCACAU